AUGGAUAUCAACGAGGGUUUCGAAGAAUUGCACAGAGGGAAUGGUUGGAAAGGAACCCUCAAAAUAGCACAAGGAGCUGGUUUUAUGACUUUAGACUUAAUGACGUUGGGAACUUUAUCCACUGCCGUUCGAACUUUAUCCACUGCAAGUGUUCGUCUAGGUAUGGGUGCAGCUCAAGUGGCCGGAAAAUUAGCAGCAAGAGAGUUUAUGACAAUAGCCGAAAGAAAAGCUAUGGAACACGUUGCCAAACGCUGUGCUGCAGUAGUUUUAGCAAAAAGUGGUGCCUAUGUCACAGAAAAGGUUGGAGAAACUGUUUCUGAUGCUAUGAGAAGACCUGCUCGUAGCCAACAGCCUUCUGCAAAUCAGUCUCAGUCAGACGCGAACACCCACGAACAGCUACGAACAGCCACGAACACCCCCAAAUUAAAAUCUGAGUUAGCCAAUCGAUAG